AACGCCAGUCAGUGCUUAGAGCAAUCACAGGCAGAAGCGUUUAGGUACGAAAAGAAUCUACAUUUUAACGCGCUUACUACUAUCGAAUUACAAACAUGAAAGCAAUAAGCCCCGUGAGGUCCUUCAGGAAAAGCAACGCCAGCUUGUCCGAACACAACUUGGGCAUUUCCCGGAGCAAAACCCCCGUGGACGAUCCCCUGAGUCUGCUCUACAACAUGAACGACUGCUACUCAAAGCUGAAGGAGCUUGUGCCCAGCAUCCCGCAGAACAAGAAGGUGAGCAAGAUGGAAAUAUUGCAGCAUGUCAUCGAUUACAUCCUGGACCUGCAGAUCGCCCUGGAUUCCCAUUCCAAUAUCGCCGCCAGCCUCCUUCACCAGCGGGCAGGGCAGACAGCAUCCAGGAGUCCCCUGACAACCCUCAACACAGACAUCGGCAUCUUGUCUUUACAGGCAUCUGAAUUCCCUAAAGAACUAGUAAUGGUGACGGAUGAUCGCAAGACGCUCUUUCGUUAAAUUCACGGUGUUUGGUUUAUGCACAAAAAAUCACACAGGACCUGGGAAGUGACCUUUUUUCCCUGCCUGGAGUUGAUCGACUUAUUUUUUUUUUUUUAAUCAAAAAAGAGACUAUUUAUAAAAAAAGGAUGCUCUCUGUGAUAAGUCAUACACACUCGAACUUUCAUUGUUAUUUAUCAAGAGACUUUUUUGUCCUUUUUUUUUUUUUUUUUUUUUUUUCAAACGGAAGACUUGUUUGUCAUAGUCCCAAGCCUGGGAUAUAAAGAAAGAACGCAAUGAAUCGUCCACAAGAAGACUUUACCUUUUUUUGCAAAGGUGGAGCGUGAACAGAAGUCAACUUGGUUAGUUGCUUUAUAAAGUUUAGUCUUUGUCAGAAGUGUGACGUCUUUGGCACGUCAAGGAUUGGAAGUUGUAUAAUCAAUGUAUAUGACGAGUGAACCAUUGUGAACUCAAAUGGGAGUUUAUCUAAGUUGUAAUGCUGUAAUUAAUUAUGCUGAAACUUUUUAUAAAAGUAAUAUUGUAAAUUGUACCUUUUUUAUACAAAAUAAAUCAAAUGCUUUAUUUGA